CGGAUGGAAGCUUGAGCGCAAGCAGAGAGGAGGUUGUCAGACAUAUAGAGUGAAUGCUUCCUUCCUCCCUUCCAUCUUCACUUGGCUUUUCAACAUUUAUUUAUCUCGGAAUCAUCUACUCUUCCGUUUCCGCAAAUUCAACAAAUUUCACGUCACCUAGAAUCCUAACACCAUCAUCUUCACCUAUUUGCGUCUUACUUUCUAUUUUCCCUCAGUCUUCUCACUUUUUUCCUAUCCGUCUUCUAGGACGUCGAUAGGAAACUCUUCACAAUUCUCAGAUUGAACCAUUUUCUAUAUAUAUCUGUCAACUGAUCUUUCAAUCUUUACUCAUCGCCGAGAGCCAGAAGAGUCAUAUCUGGCUCACGAGCAAUGCCCCGAGGAAUUCGGAAAUCUCAUCAGGAUCCCGAUAAAUUUCCCACCGCCCAACUCUUCUUACUUGGUAAGUUUUAUUCCACAUUCCAUUUCUGCGCCACGCAGACGAUCAUCGCCAACAAUAUUAACUUCAUUUUAGCUAUUGUACGUCUUGCGGAACCUAUCGCCCUCACCUCUAUCUUCCCCUAUGCGUGGCCACUCGUCAAGAAAUUCCAUGUCGGUAGCGAAGAUGAUGCAUCUUUCUAUGCUGGACUUCUCAUCUCGGCCUUUGCCCUGGCAGAGUCUAUGACUGGCAUGUAUUGGGGAGGUUUAUCUGAUAGAAUUGGACGAAAACCCGUAUUACUAGCAGGAUGUUGUGGUACAAUGUUGAGUAUGAUCAUGGUCGGAUUUGCAUCAAACAUAUGGGUGGCCCUCCUUGGAAGAGCACUUGGAGGCUUCUUAAAUGGAAACAUAGGUGUUAUUCAAACCAUGGUUGGUGAAAUGGUCACCAAGAAAGAGCAUGAGCGUAAGUUAAUUUCAGCUGGUCUUGUAGUCUUUUGCGCGGUGGCAAAUUUUCUGGAGACAUUUGACUAAUUUUCUUUUUUAUAGCUCGAGCAUACUCAGUUAUGCCAUUCGUUUGGAGUAUAGGUACUAUCAUCGGUCCGGCGAUUGGUGGCACAUUCGCAGAUCCUACAUUGACCUUUCCCACUAUCUUCUCGCCGGAUGGUAUUUUCAACACAUUCCCAUAUUUACUUCCAAAUCUGAUGUGCGCCGGUUUACUUUUUAUGAGUAUACUAGCCGGGUAUUUCCUACUCGAAGAGACACAUCCGGAUAUGCAACCUCGAGUUUCUCUACCUGAUGAUACAUACCAUUCCGAGGAAACCCCAUUGAUGGCUACGGCAGAUGCCAUUAAAACUCCUGCCGUCGACUUACGCGCUGAAACCUAUGGAACUUUCGAGGGUAGUGACGACAGUGAGUGGCGGAAUGCAUCCACCAAAAUUGCAUCCACCAAAAUUGCAUCCACCAAAAUUGCACCUCCCAAAAUUUUCACCAAAAAUGUUGUGGCUUUGAUUAUCGCAUUGGGAAUAUUUACAUACCAUUCAAUGACAUAUGAUCAUUUACUUCCCAUUUUCCUCGAGGAUACGAAGGGUCUUGGGGAGAGCAUAUCCGCCAUAUCUGGUGAUUUCAAUACUUCUGUGAUGGGUGGUGGUCUUGGUCUAUCUGUUCAACAAGUCGGCGUAAUUAUGUCUAUAAAUGGCGUUCUUGCAUUGUUUGUUCAAGCCGUGAUAUUUCCUUGGGCCGCUGAAUUUUUCGGUACCUAUAGACUCUUUAUUUUAGUCACCGUUUUACAUCCCAUCGCUUACCUCAUGGUACCUUUUCUCGUCUACAUUCCGUCUUCGUCCUUAUACAUCGGCCUCUAUACCGCUCUUUUUGUCCGAAAUCUCCUUUCGAUACUUUUAUACCCUGUUCUUCUUAUUCUCAUCAAGGAAGCUACACCAUCUCCAAAUGUUCUUGGAAAAGUCAAUGGACUAGCCGCGUCAGCAGGAGCUGCUUGUAGAACAAUAGCUCCACCAGUCUCAGGAUAUCUGUAUUCGUUUGGUAGCAAAACAAAUUUCACAGCUUUGGCUUGGAUUGGAAGCGCACUUGUGGCAUCUAUAGGUGCAGCUCAAUCUUUUACGGUUAAGAGGACGAGAAGAGAUGGGAGUGAAGAGCGAGAGGAAGAGGAGCAAAUUCUUGGUGUCAAUAAGCGGGAUAGUAAAAACAUGUUUCCAGCAAUUACAGUUGUUGAGGUUGAUUCCAAUUCGGAAACUAGUUCGGUUACAGGACAAAGACAGGACGAGUGAGUAAUGGGAAAAGAAAAUAUAAAAAGAAUGAGUGUAUGAAAAGAAUGGACGGGAAAAACAAACGGAAAAAUGAAUGCAUGAGCGGCGUUUUCUUUUCAAACUUUGGCAUUCAGUAAGGAAAUAUUGGAGUUGCAAUGGGAGCGAUGGAGUUUGUAAAUGAUAGCGUUUAGCGGGCACUGGGAUGGAGUUUUUGGACGCAUUAACGUGAACAUAAGAUUAAAGUAUAUAAGUGAGUUUUGGGGAUUUUAAACGGUGGAGGAGGAAUACUAUUGUCAGAUGGACAGAGAGAGAAAGAGUCGAGCUGGUUGACGAAUUGAUUGGAUAAGAAAAGAUAAUGAAUAAAUUAUGAAAUUAAAUAAAUAAAAACUUCAAAUAAACUUUUUGAGUUAU